AUGUGGAGACAUUUGUUUAUUAACAAAUUUUAUUAAAAGAUUAUUUUUUUUAAAUCGCUAAUACAAUAAAACUUUUAAAAAAAAAAGUUGGCAACCACUUUCUUUUGUUUAGUAGUUUAAUAUAGAUGUUCAAUCCUAAUCUACUUUUAGUGAUAGACUGGGUCUUUAAACUAGGAUAAAAGUGAAAUGACAUAGAGACUAUUUUUAUCUGAAAGAGUUUAUCUUUAAACUCCUGUAUUUACAUCAUUGGUGCAGUUUGUAGGUCAACUUUUGAUUGCACUCUAGCAAAAGUCACUUAUCUCCCUUGCUGUGAUUACUAGUGUAAUAUCCAACAAUUAUCUCAUAGAUAACACUAUCUGUCUCAAGUGAACUUUUUAGUGUCAAUCGUGGAAUUAAUACCAAGAUAAAGUUGAUUGAUUUGAACAUGUAACAAAAAAUAUAGGAAGCUUUUUAUUCACUAAACAACCUGAUUUUGUUCUGAAAUUAGUUUGAUGAUGUUUUCACUACAUAAGGAUAAAAAAACCUGGCAUCAUCAUUUCUAAAGUGAAUCAUGCAUACCUUGUUUCCAAACAAUGUUUUUAAAUAGUGAAUUUAAAGCUCACACAGAAAAAUGAAGUGUUCCAGAUUGAUGAUACUCUCAGUCUGUCUUCCUGUUUAUGUGUGUAUCAGUGUUGUGUCAGGGAUGUCAAGACACUCUGCUAUCAAGUUCAUGAACAAUGGCUACAGUGACAUUCUCAUUGCCAUUCACCCUGAAGUAAAGGAGGACGCAGUGUUGAUAAACAGCAUCAAGGAAAUGAUGGAUGGUGCCUCAGAUUAUCUGUACACUGCUACAGAAGGAAGGGCAUACUUUAGCAAUGUGACCAUCUUAAUACCAAACACAUGGACCAAUACGCUCUCCUGGCCACCAGCCAAGUCAGAAAAUUACAACAAUGCUGAUGUGGUCAUUGAAAAUUCAGUGCCUCAAAGAAAGAAGAGAAGUUUGGAGAGCAAUUUGAAACCAAGUUCAGGAUCAUACACACAAAUGUUUGGUGGGUGUGGCAUGCCAGGCAUUAGAAUUCAUUUGUUUACUGAUAUAUUUGACUCCAAUGGAAGGGAGACUUAUGGCCCAUCUAGCCGCGUGUUUGUACAUGAGUGGGCUCACUUCAGAUGGGGCGUAUUUGACGAGUUCCCCCAGGAGGGUGAAGAGCAGUUCUAUUUCUCUCCUUCAACAAUGCAACUAGAAGCUGUCCGAUGUAAUUUACACAUUGCUGGGGAACUGAUCAGCAGGCUAAACAAUGGAUCAGAUGUACCAUGUGACUUAAGGAAUAGGUCUCUGGAAAAUUGUAUCUUUAAGACUUCUCCACAUCUUCAAUUGAAUGAAAACAUUACAGCGUCCAUCAUGGAUAAAAUAAUGAUACCUUCAAUUACUCAUUUUUGCAAUGACGAUCAUUCUGACAUUGGAAGAGUUCAUAACAAUGAAUCUCCAAGUCGACAAAAUCGUUUGUGUUCUGGAAAAAGUACAUGGACUGUUAUAUCUGAGAGCGAAGAUUUCAACAAUGGGAAAAAUUCUCCACGUAAUGUACAAGAUAGAAGUCCAUCUUUUAAAUUAGUGAAAGCUACUUCAGCUAAAAGACUAAUACUUGCUAUUGACACAUCUAGAAGCAUGAAUCUCCAUGACAACCUGAUGAAAACAAGACAGGUUGUGUCUACUUUUGUUGAAGAUGUUUUGGUUGAUGGCACAGAGCUUGGCAUCAUUUCAUUCUCUGACUCUGCUGAUAUGAUUGUACCGAUGACUAAAAUUACUGAUGAUGCCAGCAGGCAAAAUGUUGCCACUAAACUGCCUAGCAAAUGCGAAGGUGCUACAGAUAUAGGAAGUGCUUUAUUGAAAUCUUUAGAGGUAUUGGAAAGGCAAUCCACACAACCCUCUGAUACUUUUAUUGUGGUCAUUACAGAUGGCUCUGACACAACCGGUUCAAAUAUGAAUAAUGUUGUUGAAACAGUCAUAGAGGCUGGAGCAGUCGUCAGCAUUAUAGCUUUGUCCAAUGGAGACAACAGAGGCUUAGAACAGCUUGCUAUACUCACUGGUGGUCGAUAUUAUUUCAGCAGUUUUUCCACAAUCUCUGCUCUGGAAGCUUUGUUAGAUAUCUGCACAUUACUGGAUGUAGAGCAAAGUCAUAGUCCUGUAUUGAUAAUAAGCCAAAGAGAAUUUUUGGAAAAAUCUGAAUCAUUGAAAGGAAGUUUUCUCCUUGACAGUAGCCUGGGUUACAACACUAGAAUUAGUAUAACAUAUACAACAGAUAAACCUCCUGAUGGCAUCAUUGUGUCUCCAUCUGGACGUCGUUACUGCUCUAUAUACCCUGAGUAUUACAAUGACCCAGUCCUGCGCAGAGUGAAAUUUACAAUUCCUGCUUUAGCCGAGGUAGGACUGUGGAGUUACCAGGUGACAAAUACAGACAACUCCAGCGAUGAUGUGUUUUUUGUAGUGACAUCAUCCUCGAGGUAUAAAGACAUUCCACCUUUGAAGUUUUCAGGGUCAAUUAUGGUUGACAACAGCACCUGGCCACUUUUGUCAUUCAUUGUUGCAGAAGUUAUUCAAGGCAACCAACCCUUGAGAAACCUUAAGGUCAAGGCUCUUGUCAAUAGACCCAUGGCUGAUCCCAUUGAGAUUGAACUGUUUGACAAUGGCAUUGGAGCUGAUAUUGUGAAAAAUGAUGGUAUAUAUUCAAGAUACUUCACUAGUUUUACUAUAUCUGGCAGAUAUAGUGCAGUUGUGGAAAUGUCAGACCAACGAGGAGAUAUGAUUAUGACAGGAAGUUUGGAUGGUCAUUACCAAGUAGCCAAAGCUUAUGCAGGAAGUGUUCACAUUGAGCAUGUCAAGCUUCCAUCUCUGGACACUUCAUCAAUUCUGGUAGAUGACUUCCCCCCCAUGAGAAUAACUGAUCUUCGGGUGCUACAGACCUCUCAAGCUGAAGGCAUGAUUGUGUUGGCUUGGACUGCACCAGGCGAUGAUGCUGAUCAUGACAGAGCUUCAUACUACAACAUACUAAUGAGUCAUACAGCAGACACUUUGAUUGAUGCAAUGGACUUGCCCAUUAUAGAUAGCAAGCUUGUUAUACAAGGGAAACUGGAUUCACCACAACCUUUUGGCAUGAGGGAGAAGAUUGUGCUCAAAAUGGAAACUUAUAAAAACAAAAAUGAAAGCUUUGUUUUUGCCGUAUUUGCUGUGGAUGAUUCUGGAAAUAAAGGUCGAACGUCCAACCUGGUGACAGUAGGAUUUGGAUAUGCUCCAGAUGUUGUGACUCAGGAAUAUCUCAAUGACCUAAUGUCAGAUAGGCAUCCUGAUACUAAGGUGGCUCCUGCUGACCAGAAGGUGGCCAUUGCUUCUGUAGUGGGGCUAGCUGCUGGUUUGCUGGUUGUCACAAUAAUAGGCACAUUUAUCGUUCACUACGCAGCUCUGAGACGAGCUAAACAAAAAGAAAGAGAAUUUAGUGAAGCCAAAAAUGUGAAUACUGUUACUGUAGGAAGUGGUGUUUAAAAUGGUGUAUAAAGGGAUUUAUGAAAUAAUGUAUGAAGUAAUGUUUGAAGCGAUGUACAAAAUUAUGUCUGAAGUAAUGUAUGAAAUGAUGUAUAAAGUGAUGUAUGUAAUGAUGUGUAAAGUGGUGUAUGAAAUGAUGUGUAAAGUGAUGUAUGAAAUGAUGUGUAAAGUGAUGUAUGAAGUGGAGUAUUAAGUGCAAAAUGAAACAUUUCAAAAAAUUAUUUUUAUGUUGCUAAGAUUUUUUCAGGAAGUGUGCAAUUCACUAAUAAAGUAUUAUAUUUAUUGUUAAAAUCUCCAUUGUGACCUAUGACCUGUGACCUAAGUGUCAUUAUCAAAAUUCAUGUUUGUCUGAAAUAUUAUAAUGUAAAUAGAGGAACUUUUUAUUAGAAUGCAUUUCUGGUUUCAAUUUAUAAUAAAUGAAAUCAUUUGUAUUGAAUGGAUAUUUGUAACUUAAUUCUUAAUUUUGUUGUGAUUUUUAUGUUAUGAAAUAUAAUGAUGAAAAUUUAUUUCGUGUUAUAAAUAAUUAGACUGGAAAUUUUUUUGAAGUUAAAUAUCGGCAGUCAUUAUAAGAGUCAUAAGUAUCAUUGUUUUCUUUUAUAACGUAGAAUAGAAGUGAACAAAGUUUCUUCAAGAAGUUAGUAUUUAUAUGUAUUUGAGUAGUAAUUCAACAGUUUUAGCUUUGUUAUGCUUAUCACUACAUUGUAGUAGUACUUUUAUGUGUAAAUUUCGGGCUCUUAUUGUUUAAAAAUAAAGGUUCUGGCAUUGCUACUUAUUUAGCUAAGCAUUUAGUACAACUUUGCCUUCUGGCCAGCAAUAAGUAUUUGUAUAGCAUAUUUGACCAAUGACUUAUUUAUCAGGGAGACUAAUUAAACAUACAGUCCAGUAAGACCUAGUCAACACAAGGAUCCAUCAGCCACUGUCUUACAUUCUUUAUGGAUCCAUCAGCCAUUGUCCACUUUUUUCAAGGAUCCAUCAGCCACUGUCCAUAUCCUUUAAGGAUCCAUCAGCCGUUGUCCACUUUUCUUCAAGGAUCCAGCAGCUCCUGUCCACUUUCUUCAAGGAUCCAGCAGCCGUUGUCCACUUGCUUCAAGGAUCCAGCAGCCAUUUUCCACUCGCUUCAAGGAUCCAGCAGCUGUUGUCCACUUUCUUCAAGGAUCCAUCAGCCACUAUCCACUUUCUUCAAGGAUCCACCAGCCACAGUCAACAUUCUUUAAAGAUCCAGUAGCCACAGUCCACUUUAUCUCCUUCUUAUUUCAUACAGUUUUCAUUUGGUUUGAUUACAAAAAAAAUUGUACCUCUGAAUUCUGAAACGAGCAAAUAGUCUACUUAAAGUGAAACUGAAAUAAAACUUUGAGGAGAUGUGAA